UAAAAAAAUUUGCAAUUGUAAGUAAUUCUUUUAAUUUUGCAACUUCGAAAGUUGGAUUGAUCAGAUGCAGGGAGUAAAUUCGAACGAACGAAUACUUAUUCGUAAUGAAGUUGGCGAUGAGAAAUUAGACAGUUGUGAAAGAGAAUCAUAACCUGUGGAAGGAGAGCUCAUCAUCGAGAUUAAAUGAAGAAGAAAAAAUGUCGAAAAUUAACGAGCUCAAAGAAAUUUUCAACAAAUACAGUUUGAGUGAUUCCGAUUUGGAAAAAUUAAAAGAGAGAAAGUACGAUGAGAUUAACGAAGAAACGAAGGAAGUAUUUGCAAAAAUAGGGAUUGGUGAAAAAGAGAUAGAAGAAAUGUUGCGUGUACAGGAAGAAAUGGAUCAUCAUUGUUACACGGAUAAAUCAAAGGAAGAAGAGUUUACGCAUUGCGGUCAAGAGACACCGGAAGAAAAAAUAAUACCCCGAGAAGAGAUCAAGAAAUUUUUGCAGGAUAGAUCGAUGAGCCGGAGUUUCAUUAAUACUUUCUUAAAAAUUGGUUUCAAUGAGGAAUUUCAGAGAUCUGCGAGGAAAAGGAGAAAAGAGAAAAGGAAUUUAGACUGGACUUGAUGAUCGAAAGGGAGAGAAUAAAAUUACGAGUGAGUGCAAUGUGCAAUACUUUUUAUUUUUAUAAAAAUCGUUUGACAUAUUUUUAAAAAUCAGUAAUUGCAAUGAUUAUUAAAACGAUUAGCUUGUAUUAAUUAUUAGCUAAUUAUAUUACUUUAUAUUAUUAAUUAUAUUACUGUAAUAAAAAAAUGAAGGAAGAAGCUAUAUUAAGAGAGAAAAAGGAAGAUGAAAUAGAAGAAGAAAGAGAGGAAGAAGAAGAAGAAGAAGAAGAAUUUUUCGAGGAUUGGACCUUAAACGAAUAAUAGUAAUAAUCAAGGAUUAUUUCAAGAAAUUUCAAAAGUUAAAGUAAAAACUGUUCUAUUAUAUAACAACUAUUAUCAUUACAAAAGUAAAAAAAAAACUGAAACUAUUAUUCAACAAUAAGUAAUAAAUUCUAAACACUCUAACAUUCAUUAAUAGAUUAUCGUUAUUAGUAGAUUAAUAAAUAAAAUUGCUUGUUUGAAUAGAAAGCAGCAUGUAAGUCACAGAGAAUAAAUUUAAUCUUUCAGUUUCUUCCUUUUAUAAAUAUGUAAUAUUGUGUUUUGUACAAUAAAAAAAAAAUUAUUCCUUUCGAAAAUAACAAACAUUGGAUCUUGUACUUUAUUUAAA